GCUGCUAUGGAGGGUAGAACAUUAUUUAAUGGACCCCUCACUCAUUUUGUCCCCCUCUCAAGAGUUGUUCUUGCCACCCCUACCCCCCAUUCUACAGGCAUGCUCCCUCUAUUCUCCUCUCACAGGGAUUCCUUUUUCCCCCUCCUUUUUCAGUUGUCUGCAUAGUCUGUUUUCGUCUUUGAUGGGGAAAGAGGAGUGCAUGGCUUCCUUCCUUUGGUGUGGUUUCCUGUUUGUAGGUGGGAGAACGUCAGAGAUAAGGCAGGUUGCUGCAGUAACCCUCACAAAAUACACAAUCUAAACAGCAAGAACUUUGUGUAUGAGGUAUGAGUGGAUGUGCAAUUCAGUUUGUCUGACCUUUCUGAUGCUAAGACACACACAGACCAUGCACACAGUUAACUUGGUAACACAAAAAUGGAACAGCAUGUCAGCAAAGUGGAUGUCAACUGAACUCCCACUGAUGGUGGUUUGUUAAAUUUACAUUUAGUCAUUUAGCAGACGCUCUUCUCCAGAGCGACUUACAGUAAGUACAGGGACAUUCUCCCUGAGGCAAGUACAUUUAGUAGGGUGAAGAGCCUUGCCCAAGGACACAACUUCAUUGGGUACGGCCGAGAAUCGAACCAACUACCUUCUGAUUAAUAGCCCGACUCCCUAACCGCUCAUCCCCCUUGUGCAGUAAAUGUGCAGACUAACUCCUUGAAUUAUGCAUGUUUAGUUUUUCAACCAUAACAUCUUAACAACUGGUUCUCAUAUGUUAGGUUUCCUCUUAUUUACAUUUAGUCAUUUUUUUGUAAAAUCUUAUGUAAAUUGUUUUCUGAAUAAUUUUAAAUUCAGUGCUGUCUACGGUUGACAAUUUAAUGAGACAGGAUCAGAAGACAAAUGUUCCUUCAUUGGACCAGGUGCUCUUUAUUCAGUAUCUCAGGAGUAUCGGACCCUCAAACUCACUAUUUUGAGAUGCAUGAGAAAUAUUCACACAGAGCUGUUUAAGCUUCCAUUACCACUGCUGUUAUGAAACUGUAUAUGUAUCGGUGUUCUUUUCCAAAUUAACUCUGAUGAAAGUACUUGCCUGUGUUUAUUUCUGGCAGUUUUGAGAAUACAUACUUCAUUCUAGCUUUAGUCAUGAGAGGUAGAUAGUAAAUAUAUUUCUUUAAAUAUUUCUUUAAAUAUUUUUUUCUUUUAAGAGGUGUUAAUUAAAUUGUAAAAGUAGGAUGGGGGAGGUGAAAUGAAAUGGCUUGCGAGACUGACAGAAAACGGUGCAUUGUUGGUGGUUGGGUGCAAUGACAGAGGGAGAUCUUCUGACAGAGCACGGGAAGUCGUAGCACAUCAAGUAGGUUAGACACAAGAAAAAGCUACUUCAAAGAGGGACACCCACCUAAAGCUGAUAUAUUGAGGAGUAGAGGGCAAGAGACUAACAUACGUUUAGUAGCAGAGAGCACAACUUGUUAAGACGGCCAUAAAUAUACACAAACGGUAGACAUGGUGGACCUCAGGCACUAAACAGAUGUCAUAGUUGGAGUAGAUGCAAUCUUGGCCUAGGUUUAGAAGAGGUCAAAUCUGUUAACUGGUAUUGCAAAGGCAGCACAACAUUGUCCUUCAGAGUGGGAUCCACACGUGUGCAGUAGAUCACUAGACUGAAUACUGUUUGGGCACCCCCCAAGCCACCUGACCACUGAUUGUCUAUGAAUCAGGAAUGGAAAUAUCUACACUGGCAUUGUUAAGCGGAGCUCUCUUGCUGUCCAUGGUUCUGCUGACUGGCCUGUGUCUUCACUGCAGAAGACACUCAGCACCUUUCAUUAUCCAGCCCAACCACGGUUCAGAGGACUACACACAACAAACACAACCAAUGCGAGUCAUUCGUUCAUAUCAAGGCACAAUCGGCACAAACUGGGCCACACAGUCUUCGACCCUUUCACCUGUUUCAGAACAAAUUGUGCGACAUAACUCUUUCACCCCUACUGAAAACGAAAGCAAUCCCAGUUAUGAAAAUCCUACAGAAGCUCAGUACCAGAACACUGUGGAUGAGGACGAGGAGUAUGAGCAGGCAGCUGAUGCGCCCUACGUAGAUGUAUUACCAGACCCUCCUAUGAUUGAAACUCACCAGUCCAAUCAGAGUCUAGCCUCAACCCAGAGCUCAGAACCUCCAUAUGUGAAUAUUGAGAGAGAGCAAGAAAACUAUCAGAAUGUGGAUCCUCACCUUGAAAUCAGAAUAUCAAUCGGCUCAAAGCAAUUAAAAGUAUGGCCUCCAGAUUGUCUUGUCUUGAAGACAGUGAUGAGGACAGUGAUGAAGAAACUGGCAACUAUGUCAAUCAAGAUAUGUUGUGUUUAACUGAGACCUCCAUAUGAGUAAAUCCAUGUUGACACAGAGGAGGAAAUGGAUGAUUCACAAAAGAAGGAUUCACCUGUGGCAUGCUUUCUGUUCAUGGAAAUAUGGAACACAUAGCAUAUGUAUCUAUAUCAAAAAUCCAUAGUACUGCAUCAGAUGUCUGAUUUGCCAAAUCAUGCUGAUAGUUGUUUGCUUGGUGUGAUGCUUUUUGGAAACUAUUUAUAGAUCUCUAAUCGCCUUGGACCCUGCUAUGUUUUGUUCAGUAAGGAAACAGAUUACUGCUACAGCAUUAACAGCAGGGUGAAGGUGUACAAUUCUUGUCCACAUUCCACCUGUUUGGUACUUACCGUAUUCAUAGGCCAUUAUUGAAUACCAAAUGGAUUUGUAUGAUCCAGGAUAAUUCCACAAGAAUACUGUUGACAGGAUGAGCAUUGUAUUCUUGUGGAAUUAUUUAGUGUUAGUAUCCGUUUAGUAUUAUAUAAUGGCAUAUGAAAAUGGUAAGUACCAAACAGGUGGAAGUAUAUCGAGAACCUAACCAACUGGUAGUGUCAUCACUAAAAUCCAGAAUGUCUGGGUUAAUAAUAAUGUCUCCUAGAAUCUCAUUAUGACAACUUUGGAAGUCUGUAGCUAUAAAUGCUCAGAAAGUAAUCCUAUAACAAUCUCUUUCGUUUGUAACAAUCCAAAGCAAUGACAAUAGCAACUAUUUUAGCAAUAAACUAGCCCCUUAGGAAGUUGGGCUGUUUUCCAUGAUACAAUUGGACCCAAUGGCCACACUGGGGCAACAAAUUAGACCAUGUUGUUUUAUUACACCCUCUGGUGGUAGUCAGAAUAGUAAAGAAACAAGAUGUGGGAGGGACUUCUGAGUAGCUGUUUUAAUGGAAAGCAAUUGCUGACAAAUUCUGAGAAAUGUUUUUAUUCACUUAAUGUAUUUGUAAUGUGUGUGUGUGCCUCAGGCAGAGUGUUUGUGCUUUUAUCUUGAAAUGUGUGGUUUGACAUUGAACUGUGAAACAGAAGUUAUCUGAGUGAAGUUUUAGGUUCACUACUGCUCUAAAGUUUACAAAGACACAUGCUUGGCUUGCCUGCCAAACCAUUUUUACAGACAUACCAGAUAUGGAAUUAGAAACAGAAAGAGAUUAAAUAUGUGUGCCCAUAAAUUACCCAGGCCUAAAAGUCCUACUGAAAUGGGAAAAAUGGCAUUGACCUUUUCAACUAAAUGUUGAGGUGGUAGGACGGGAAGGGAACCAGGGGUAGGAUGUGUUUGCUAAUAUUAGACUUCAUGCUGGUUAUUGGUAGUUUAUUGAUACCAACAAGAAGAAGUAAAAGGAGCUCAAGUCUCAGAAUAAAACUAUCAAUUAACUAAAAUAUGUAUUUAUUAUUUCUAUGUUUAUUCAAUUAAAAACUAGAAAUAUAGAUGCCUGUAGCAAGUGUGGAUUCCUCCUCAGAAUUGCAAUCUAUUUUUAAAUUGGCAUGUUAGAGUGUUAGGGUUAACUCCUGAGGAAAAAAAGUUUCCACCUGUCAGAAUUGGACAUAAAUCCUGGAGGGACCAGGGAAGGAACCAUCAACCUAUUGGUUACAGAUGCCUCACUCUCCUUACAUCCUUUUGUGGCCCCUUUAGGAUCUCUGCUCAAUAAAAAAGUGGUCUAACAGUUUUUCUUGGCAUUAACUAGUAUUAGCUAUUUAUAUGGAAGCAAAUAAGUGACAAUGUUUUGAAUUUUGAAAUGCAUUGAAAACUUAAUAUUAAAGGUCCCAUGGUAUGCUG